UGACGCUGGCGUUGGUGGUGAUCCCGUAAUAUGAUCUCAUAAUUUGCACAUUGUGUGUGUUUGCUGCUCAUAGCGACAACAUGGGAACUAGCGGGAACACCGGAAGGACUUCGGUAUGGGUGACUUUACUUCUAGCGGCGGCGUUGCAUCCCAUGGUUAACUCUUCACACAUUAAGAGGUCAAGACAUCAUAGAGACUCCGCAACAUCAGAUAGUCCCCAAACCACACAUAUCACGUUAUUGGAAACAAAUCCCUGCCUAGUGCAUUAUUGUACGAAAGGAAGGGAGUGUGUCGUCGAAAAUGGAGAAGCCACGUGUGUCUGUCAGAGGCAAUGUGCCGUACAUCGGAGGUUGGUUUGUGGCUCGGAUGGUCACGUUUAUCCAAACCACUGCGAAUUACACAGAGCUUCCUGCAUGACCGCCACUGAAAUUACAGUGGAAAGAGGGGUGCAUUGCAUCAAGCAUGGAAAGGGUUGGGCUCCAUCGGUGCAGCACACAAACUUAUAUUUCAAUCAGUUCGCCACAGCAGUCCCGGAACAGGAAACUCACGAUGCCACAACGGGAACUUAUACACAAAGCAUUCCGGAGGCUGUGCAAGUCACACCAACCAAAGAUGCCAACAUCAUGCUGUCAACUGCCGAAGUUUCACCAUCUUCGGGAUCCAAAACGGAAGAUCCUGGUUAUAUGGAAAACGAGAUCGACUAUGAAAGAGAAAAGGGAGAUGGGGUGCCCUACGACAAAGAAGACUGUUCCAUGCAAGAGUAUGAAAUAAUGAAAGAUAAUUUAUUGCUAUACAACCAUGCCAGGCUGAUGUCCCAGGACAAUCAUAGUAAAGAUUACUUGGUUUCCAUUAUGUUUUCCCAUUAUGACAGCAACAACAAUGGUAACCUGGAGGCGACCGAAUUAAACGAGAUAGCCGCUCAAGAGCGUCUGGAUAGUCUGAGCAGCGGUUGUUCCUUAUCAAAUAUGAUUCAAUACGACGAUGCCGACCAUGAUGGCAAAUUGAGCAUAAACGAAUUCUACGUGGCUUUUAGCAAAUUGUACAGUGUGUCAGUCGUAUCCCUCGACAAAGCCUUAGAAACAAACCGUCUGAGCGCAAGGGUAGGCGACAACGUGGAAAUCAAGUGUGAUGUUACCGGGUCACCCGUGCCGCCCAUCGUAUGGAGACGGAAUCAAUUGGACCUGUCCACUUUAAAUGAAGAAGAAAUACGAGUAUUCAGCGAUGGCAGCCUUUACUUAACCAGGAUACAGCUUCAGCACGCCGGAAAUUACACCUGCCAUGCACAAAGGAACAAAGACGUUGUUCAGACGCACAUCCUCACGGUUCAUACUGUUCCAGAGGUUCACGUCACACCGAGGAUCCAAUCGAAGAGACCCGGAGAGGAUGCUACCAUGCUGUGCCAUGUGGCGGGGGAACCGUUUCCAAAGGUAGAAUGGCUGAAAAAUGACGAGACCCUUAGGCUAGAAAAUCCAAGGAAAUAUCAGGUGGUCGGUAAUGGAACCGCUCUAAAAAUAAGGAAUAUAGCCUUCGCUGAUACGGGGGCUUACAUGUGCCAAGCCACUAAUAUAGGUGGAUUAACGAGAGACAUAAGUUCUUUGGUCGUACAAGAGCAGCCCACCCCCACUUCGCCUAACGAAGAGCGCCGCUUUUUUGCCUUCCACGAUUGGGGAGUGUCAGUGUAUGAGCCAUCCACUUGUCGACUCUACCACAGGAUUCAAUCUACUGACAUCAUUCCCGGCACUCAGGAAUACGUGUGCGGCGAUAAAGGAAUCAAGUGUUCCUGGGGACGUGCAAUAAAUGUUGCUAACAGAUAUGUGUACGCAAGCCAACCAGAAAGAGAUAGAGUUAUUAUUAUUUCCAAAGUUCAAAUGGUAGUAGUUGAUGUUGUUAGUACUGAUAAAUACCCGGUGGAGUUAUUCCACGUUCCUCACUUAGAUCAGGUGUGGAUUCUAAACUGGCGAUCAACAAACAACACCGGCAUUAAAACCAUUCAGGUAAUCCGAGAUGCCGGCCAGAAAAGGAAGCACCACACAGUGCAUCCCGAACCAAUCGAUGGGCAUUUUGAUUUAGUAAAAGGCCUUUUCAUUCCAUCCCCGGAUCAAGAACUCUCGCACUACAGCUUCAAAUACGGCUACGCAACACAUACCAAUCAAAGAGGUCUUUAUAAACUUGAUCUCGUUAAUUUAAGAUAUACGAGAUCAGUAGACUUAACCCCUUAUAAUUGCGUUCCAACUCAAAUUCAGUUUUCAGCGCUGUACGGUUUAGUAAUAAUGCAAUGUCUGGAACCUGUCACUAACAGGCCGACCGGUCAAUUGAUUCUGGAUUACCUAACCGAUACGGUUAUUGGAACUAAACCAAAUUUGCCUGGAAUCCCGUACAUAUCUCCAGAUUCCAGAAAACUCGUUACUUUAGAUCGUACAAACAAUAGGGCUACCCUUAUCGUUCAAGAAAUAACAGAAAAUGGACUCGUGUUUUCUUUUGAUGUGAAAACGACCCUGAAUAUAUCGGAUGUCACGUUCUAUCCUAGUCAAACCACUCACAGUUAUGAUAUUUACGCAAGUGCCCAAGAUAAAGAAGAUAUUUUAUUCCUUAAUUUAUUAACAGGUAAAGUGGAGAUAAUCACUGGAGUCGGGAAAGCAGUUCCCAUGAAACUGACCAAAUGGAACAACCCUAACAGACCAAUCAGCGGAUCAGGUUUGUUUGGGCAGUACAUGGUGACGCCUGCGAGUGAGGCGUUAUUCGUGAUAAAUGGCCGGUCGCGAACAGUAAAUUGUGAAAUAGGUGCAGUGAACCACCCAAGCGCCGUCGUCUGGACCACCCUUAAGAUUCAUUAGUGGUCCGUCAUACAAAUAAUAUCAACUCGUUUCGUAUUACUUAAAAAUUAUACUUUUUAUACUAAUAUCAAAACGCUGAGUGUCAAAACCAUCACCUCAUUUCAUUUUCCCCUUUCUUUCGCUCCGCAUGUAUGAUUUUGACACGAAGACAUUUUAGGAAAUAAUUGUUAAUAAGAAAUGUACCUAUAUAAGAAGUUUGUCAGACCUCGUUGUAGCCACGUCUACGAUUAUCAAUAUCGAGAUCACUGCAUCUGUCCAAUUUUUGGUGACUCUGAUUUUGGAACUGAAUAUUUUAAUAAUAAUGUUGUUUUAGUAAAUGUAGUCUUGUGAUAACUUGAAGUUUUAUAAUGUAAACUUAGGGCACAAAUUGUCCAUACGCUCCACACUUUAUGAACGGUCUGUGCUCUCACGACUCCCGAGCGUAUUUUGCUUUCUGCUCAUAGUUGACGCACAUAAUAAUAUUUUUUAAAACUAGUUUUGAGAGAUGUUAAUGCAGCAGAAAUGUGGCAAGUGAAAUGCGCCUGGGGAGUAACUUUGUGGUUAAAUUAUGGUACAUUGAUCUUUCUUUCUGCAGUCGACCAGAAUUGUUUGUUACGACUACUUUGUAGUUUAACAUUUCUGUAGAUUUUCAGGUAGUUUGUACCCUUCUUUGUUUUUGCUGGCUUGCUCUCUAUAUCUCGCCUUUAUAUAAGCUUCUAAAAAUGUUGUUUAUUGUAUCACAAAUGGGCUUAUUGUAAUAUAGGUAUUAUGGUGCAAUAUUGUUUAUACAGAAAUAAACUGACAACAUUGAAAUAUA